UUGAUUUCUCAGAACGGAUCUGCUUCCCUAAUUUUUUAAAAAUUGUAGAUUUAGUUGCAGCUUCGAGAUCUUUAUCUAGUUUCCUGUUAGAUUCCUCAGGACUGAGUCCUAUGUUAUCAGAAAGAUAAUUUCAAAGAAGUUAGCUGCAGCAUUCAGCUAUUGCUGCAGAUGAAGGAAAGCGGUACAGCUAAUGGCUUGCGUGGAACUCAUGAUGUAAAUAUCGAACAAAUGGAAAGUUUGGAAGGCACGAUUCGUGAUGAUUGGCUGUCUUCUUUGGUGGACUGGUUAAAUGCCAUGCUUCCUGAUUUAAGGUUGCCAUUGGACACGACAGAAGAGGAUCUGAGAGGGUGUCUGAUUGAUGGCACUAUUUUUUGUACCAUUUUGAACAAGUUGCAUCCUGGUUCUGUUGAAAUGGAUGGUGGUUCCGAAUAUGGUCCUACAAAUGUCAUGAAGUUUCUAACUGCAAUGGAUGAAAUGGGACUGCCCAGCUUUGAAUUGUCUGACAUUGAGCAGGGCCACAUGAUGCCAGUUUUAGAGUGCCUUAAGACACUUAGAUCAUGUUUUAAUCCUAAUGAUGGGGCCAAUACCUUCCAAAAUCCUUCUAGAAAGAAAUGGAAUCUUUCUGGUGAAUUGCAGAGCAUUCAAUUGAAGCAAGGAUGUUAUGCUGAUCUCUCUGAUGCAACAGUUCUGGAAUUAAUGAAAUCUAGCAUUUUAGAUAAUGUCUCGACUCAAUCACUAUUCAAUGUACUUUACAGGAUUAUGGAUGAAAGUCUUGAAAGAAAAAAAGAUGUACCCCAUAGUGUGGCAUGCCUAUUGAGAAAGAUUGUACAAGAGAUCGAAUGGCGAGUUUCAACUAGGGCAAAAACCUUAAAAGAUCAAAACAAACUUUUUAGGGCUCGUGAGGAAAAGUAUCAAUCAAGAAUAAGAGCACUCGAGACCCUAGCAAAGGGGACCGAGGAGGAAAAUAUGGUUGUGCUAAACCAUCUACAACAUAUAAAGUUUGAAAAGAGCAAACUGGAGGAGAAGGGUAAAGCUGAAGAGCAGGAUGUGCUUCAGCUUAAGAAGGAGAAGGUUCAGAAAGACCUUGAGAUUUCUAGGCUAAGAGAGGAACUAGAGAGCAGCAAAAAGAUGUAUGAAGUACAUUGUCUAAAACUGGAAGUCCAGGCUGAGGAUAAUAAAGUAUUGUUAGAAAAGAAGUUAAAAGAACUUGAGUGUCUUUUAAGUGACUCCAGGAAAAAAGUGGAUGAGCUUCAGUCAUUUUCUGAAUCUAAACAAAAGAGAUGGAAAGAUAAGGAGCGCUGUUAUCAGAGUUUCAUUGAUAAGCAGUUUGGGGUUUUAAAGGAAUUGAGGGAUGCGUCAAAAUCUGUCAAAUGUGAAGUCCUAAAGACUAGAAAGGGCUACUCAGAGAAUCUGAAUUUCUUAGGAAUCAAGCUUAAAGAAUUAGUAGAUGCUGCAGAAAAUUAUCAUUCCGUUCUUGCUGAAAACCGAAGAUUGUACAACGAGGUUCAAGAUUUGAAAGGAAAUAUUAGAGUCUAUUGUAGGAUAAGGCCAUUCCUUCCAGGGCAAAGCAAGAAGCAAACUGCAAUAGAGUAUAUUGGUGAGAACGGUGAAUUGGUUGUCUCCAAUCCCUCAAAGCAAGGGAAGGACACUCAUAGGCUCUUCAAGUUUAACAAGGUUUUCAGUCCAGCAGCUACCCAAGAGGAAGUAUUUUUGGACACCCAACCAUUGAUUCGAUCUGUUCUUGAUGGAUACAACGUUUGCAUAUUUGCUUAUGGUCAGACUGGCUCCGGAAAAACUUAUACUAUGAGUGGACCUAAUUUGUCUUCUAAAGAAGAUUGGGGAGUCAAUUAUAGAGCAUUAAAUGAUCUUUUUCAAAUCUCUCAAAGCAGGAGAAGCUCCAUUGUAUAUGAUGUUGGUGUUCAAAUGGUUGAGAUCUAUAAUGAGCAAGUUCGCGAUCUGCUUGUUGUCGACAGUUCCCAGAGAAGACUUGGGAUUUGGAGCACUACCCAGCCAAAUGGGUUAGCUGUCCCUGAAGCAAGCAUGCAUUCCGUAAAUUCGACCGCUGAUGUUCUGGAGUUGAUGAGUAUUGGUUUGAUGAAUAGGGCCGUUGGUGCUACAGCCCUAAAUGAGAGGAGUAGCAGAUCCCACAGUAUUCUCACUGUUCAUGUUCGUGGCAUGGACUUAAAAACUAAAGCUGUUUUGCGCGGUAGUUUACAUCUGGUGGAUCUCGCCGGCAGCGAACGGGUAGAUCGUUCUGAAGCAACUGGAGAUAGGCUUAAAGAGGCUCAACAUAUAAACAAAUCUCUGUCAGCUCUUGGGGAUGUAAUCUUUGCUCUGGCACAAAAGAAUGCUCACAUCCCUUAUAGAAAUAGCAAACUGACUCAAGUUCUCCAGAGUUCUUUGGGUGGCCAGGCAAAAACCCUCAUGUUUGUGCAGCUUAAUCCUGAUGUAGAUUCUUAUGCUGAAACUGUAAGUACUUUGAAGUUUGCUGAAAGAGUUUCUGGUGUUGAGUUAGGUGCUGCCCGGACUAACAGAGAAGGGAGAGAUAUCAGAGAACUUAUGGAACAAGUUUCAUUCCUCAAAGAAACCAUCACAAAGAAAGAUCAAGAGAUUGAGCAUUUGCAGUUACUCAAGGGUAAUGGCAAUGGUACUAAGUGUGGUAUGAGGUCACUGAGGUAUGGAUCUUCCUCUCCUAGGGGACACUCUAGUGGGACUCCUCGACAAAGCCUGAGACACUCAAGAAGGCCGAGCUUUGGAAGUUUUGACAAAGCAGCUUUGGACGUUGACAUUUUCUCAGCUAAUGGUGAUAAGAAUUCUGAAUCUGGGUCUCAUCGGUCAAUGGACGACUCCAGGCAUCACAAUGAAUCAACUGCACAGACAAGCCUCGCAGAAAGAGAUUUGGGUCAGAAUACUACAGACGAUAUUGAGUCCAGGCAUCACAAUAAAUCAACUGCACAGACAAGCCUCGUAGGAAGAGAUUCGAGUCAGAAUACUACAGAGGAUAUUGAGCUGUUGGGCUUCGGAAAUGUAGAUUCAGAGGAGAGAUUAAGUGAUAUAUCGGAUGGUAAUCUAUCAAUGGGGGCUACAGAUACUGAUGGCUCAAUAUGUAGUGCUGUAGAGUUCACUCUUUUUCCAGAAGUUUCACAACCUCCAAUUAAAACAGAGAAGAUUGGGAAAGCAAGCAAAUCCGAAAAAUCUGAUCAUAUAGGGAAGUCGAUCAUCCCAUCACUCCCGUCUAAGCUUCCGAAGCUAUCUCAGAAAGUGUUGCAAACAAAACCUUCUGGUCGAUUGUCACUGUCCAGGAGCACCUCGAAGAUUCCAUCGAGUCCUAGGAAAAUAGCUGCUGCCGCCACAAGCAAUUCUUCGAUUAAGCCCCCAAAACGACGGCAGUGAUCCGAAAUUAUAUUUUAGAUGGUAGGAGAAAUUCAAGUUGUUGUAGUUUGUAAUUUAUAUGGGAAACUUGGUUUCCUGUAUGCUGUUGGUUGUAUGGUGCUUCCAUUUACCUUAUUGGAAGGGGAAGAAUGUUGGCUUUGUAACAUACAUAUUCGAUCAGGCCUCGCCCUGCUGCUCAUCUAUCUAUGUUAUCAAAGCACUUUACAUAA